UUGAAAAUAGUAUUGUUAUUAUUACUAGAUAAACACGGUGUAAAUCAUGGUGCUACCGCGAGUGUGUCGAUACUUCUGUGCGCGGCAUAAGCUGUGCAGUGGCACUUCAGUGCUGCGCGAGAUUCUAAAAUUAUCGGACAGGCUGAGAGAGGAGAAACAGAUAAUCCGUUAGGUGAACACCGUAGCUACAGUCCUGAACGAGAAAGAAAGAACGAACGAGUGUACGUGGGUAAGCAAGACGAGGAGAGUUGAGGUUGAAAAGUUCGCAGCAUAUCGAAUUACUUACACGGCCAAUCUCGAACAAAAAGGGCGGGAUGGCGGAUGAUGAAGGCAACAUGUGCGAUGACACUUUGGGUAGUGAUGCAAACACAGCUUUUGCAAAACGCAUUCGAGGUCGGAAAGGAGCUUUAAAGAAAAAAAAUGUUUAUAUGGUUAAGGGUCAUAGUUUUAUGCCACGAUUUUUCAAGCAACCCACUUUCUGUAGCCACUGUAAGGAUUUUAUAUGGGGCUUUGGAAAACAAGGAUAUCAGUGCCAAGUUUGUAGUUUCGUUGUUCAUAAGCGAUGUCAUGAGUAUGUUAGCUUCACAUGCCCUGGAGCCGACAAGGGUGCUGAUUCUGACGAUACACGGACUAAGCAUCAAUUCAAAGACCACACCUACAACAGCCCUACCUUCUGUGAUCACUGCGGUAGUCUUCUGUAUGGUGUCAUUCAUCAGGGCAUGAAAUGCCAAGCAUGUGACAUGAAUGUCCACAAAAGAUGUGAAGAAAGUGUACCUAAUCUUUGUGGAUGCGAUCAUACGGAGAGACGUGGUCGUAUUUCUCUCAACAUAAGUGUUAGUGGAAACAAGCUCACUGUAGAAGUUAAACAAGGUAGAAACCUUAUUCCUAUGGAUCCCAACGGAUUGUCAGAUCCUUAUGUAAAACUAAAACUAAUUCCGGAUACUGAUGGAGUCAAAAAAAAAACCAAAACCAUAAAGGCAUCUUUAAAUCCAGAAUGGAAUGAGACAAUCACUUUUGAUCUAAAACCUGAAGAUAAGGAUCGGCGGCUGCUCAUUGAAGUGUGGGAUUGGGAUCGUACGUCAAGAAACGAUUUUAUGGGAUCUUUGUCUUUUGGAAUCUCAGAACUGAUAAAAGCUCCGGCAGAUGGUUGGUUUAAACUCCUUACACAAGAAGAGGGAGACUUUUAUAAUGUUCCAGUACCUGAAGAAGGUGUAGAUUUAGCUGAGCUCAAGAGUAAAAUGAGGAAGACUUCGGUAACAAAGAAACCUAAUACGCCACAAGAUAGAGAACUACCACAUAAUAUGGGUAAGAGUGACUUAAUAAGAGCAUCUGAUUUCAACUUCUUAAUGGUGCUUGGUAAAGGAAGCUUCGGAAAAGUAUUAUUAGCAGAACGGAAAGGAACUGAUGAACUUUAUGCAAUAAAAAUAUUAAAGAAAGAUAUUAUUAUUCAAGAUGAUGAUGUUGAAUGUACGAUGGUGGAGAAACGGGUUCUUGCAUUGUCACAUAAACCACCGUUUCUUGUUCAACUUCAUUCUUGUUUUCAGACUAUGGAUCGACUUUACUUUGUUAUGGAAUACGUUAAUGGUGGAGAUUUGAUGUUCCAAAUUCAACAGUGUGGCAAAUUUAAAGAACCUGUUGCAGUAUUUUAUGCAUCUGAAAUCGCUAUUGGUUUAUUUUUCUUACAUUCUCGUGGUAUUGUUUACCGAGAUUUAAAAUUAGAUAACGUUCUACUUGAUCAAGAUGGUCACAUCAAGAUUGCCGAUUUUGGAAUGUGUAAAGAAGGUAUUACUGGUGAUAGAACAACUAAAACCUUCUGUGGAACGCCUGAUUAUAUAGCGCCUGAAAUUAUUCUUUAUCAACCAUAUGGAAAAUCAGUCGAUUGGUGGGCAUAUGGAGUUCUCUUAUAUGAAAUGCUUGUGGGGCAACCACCGUUUGAUGGUGAAGACGAAGAAGAACUAUUUGCUGCUAUUACUGAUCAUAGUGUUAAUUAUCCUAAAAGCUUAUCAAAGGAAGCUAAAGAAGCUUGCAAAGGGUUUUUGACUAAGAAUCCAAGCAAGAGAUUAGGCUGUGGAUUCCGAGGUGAAGAAGACGUGAGAGGACAUGCAUUUUUCCGUCGUAUUGACUGGGAGAAGAUUGAAAAUCGUGAAGUUCAACCACCAUUCAAGCCGAAAAUUAAACACAGAAAGGAUGUGAGCAAUUUUGAUAAGCAAUUUACAUCUGAAAAGACAGACCUCACACCCACAGAUAAACUUUUCAUGAUGAAUUUGGAUCAAACAGAAUUUAUGGGAUUUUCUUACUUAAAUCCUGAAUAUAUUGUACACAUUUAAACAUGAUGUAUUUAAAAAUCAUUUCAGAUAAUAAUUUUGUCGCUUCUCCCAUCUUCUAUACAAAACACUCAAACUCCCAUCUCAAAUUUUCCUAAUUCUUCAUAAAUGGAUAAUCAUCUCCUUUCACCUAAAUCAUCCGAUGUAUUUUAGUAUUAUCUCUUUCAUGAUUUAGGAUGAACAAUUUCCUGAGUAUAUUUAAAUGAAAAAUAAUAUUUAUAUAUAAAAUAUAAGAUUCUCUAUACGCAUUUCUUAUCCAAGAGUAACAUCUCUCGAACUCUUUUAUUUCAAUGAAUAUAAAGUGCUGAUUAAAUAAAUAAUUAAAUUUUACGUUACGAUGAAACAAUCAGUUCUUCACUGUGAUUAUAACGUCAUUAAUAACUUGAUAUAAAUUUAUGAAAAGUUAACUUACUUAAAACUCUAUACAUCAAGUUACAUAUUUCGUAAUAGAUUUAAUCGUGUUGAUCCAUCAGCAUCUAUACUUGCUUAGACAAUUUUCAUACGUCAACGAUCAACUAUUAUAUUAAGAAAGUUCAACUCAUGAACAGAAUUUAUUUAUCUAGAUCAAGAAUAAAGAAAAAGUUUCAAAAUGUUAUUUAACUAAUUAUUAUUUAAUUUUAAUUGUUUAUUAUUAUUAUUGAGAUCGAUUUUCAAGACAUAUCAGUAAAAUUGGAUUUUAUUUAUUAAUUUUUUUCAGAAAAAUAACUUCUUUUUCUACAGCAUACCAAUUCAACAUAAAGAUGGAUUGACACAAUAUAAUAUAUCCGAUACAUCCAUUUUCCUUUAGAAUUUCUCUUGCAUUUUUUCAUAAAUCGAGCAUAUCUACAUGUAAGAAAAUAAUCAAUAUCUGUUGCUCGACAGGACUUCUUAUAAAAAGAAAAUUUUAAAAAUCUUUUUGUUGAUAUUAAUUGUUAAAGUAAGAUAACUUUUCGAGUUAGAUUACAGACCAUGAGGCCUGUGAAAACAAUACUUGAAAAAUUCAUUCCUUUUUGAUAUAUAGUUUUGAAUGCAUGUUAAUGUAUAUAAAAUUAUAUAUAUAAAUAUAUAAAAAUAUAUUUAAAACAAAAAUAUAUCAAAUUUUGUCAACACGGAAUGUGGACUUCUGUAGUUCGACUCUGUUGUUAUUAUGCUGUCAGAGUAGAAGAGAGAAAAAUAUCAAAUCAUCAAAAUUCUGAAUAAUAACAAUACUGAAAUAAUUUUAAGAGUUAGUUUCUACGCGUAAUCGAAAACCGAUUUUGAAAAUAAAAAAAAAAAAUCACAAAAAAACGUUAAAAGUAAAUUUGUUAACUUCAAAUAGAAACCACUGUUAGAAAACUGCGGAAAGUACUAAAUUCAACAUUUUUGAAAUGUUUCAAUAAUAUAUGCAUAAAUUUCUUAUUGUCCUGAAAAAUUUUCGACAUGGUCUAUUUUUUAAUUAGCUCAAUUUUUCUAUAUUAUAAUAUUUCAAUCCUCCAGUGCUGUAGUUAUGAAAAGUAUAUUAAAACAAAAAAUAAAUGAAAACUAAUCAUUCACUACAGGGUAUCUCCUCAUCGAUUCUAACGGCUCUGAAAUAUGGAGUCAGAAAUGCCAAAAUAUGUCAAAAAUAUGAAUUACCAGUUGUAUUAUUAUUUUUAUUGAUUUGCAAUAAGACCGUUUAUUUUUAUAAAAAAAAAAAAAAA